AUGUGUGCAAAUAUGAAUGUGAGAGAAUUGCGUAGUAGGGCUCAUUUCCCUUAUAUUUUGGCAAAUGUGAAAAAUAUUGUUGAAUCGAUGGAUGAACGUUACCAAGUAAACGAAAGAUUGUCUAGUGAAAUGGUCGAACGCAUAAAUUUUGUGAGAGAAUGUGUUGUUAGGGCAGAGGAUAUGCUUGUUAUUCGAGAUUUUUCUGAUGCAAGAAAACUUUAUGGUCGAUUAACAAUAUUAAAUAAAGAAUUAAUUGGACAAAAAACGGUUAGAAUGGCAGCACGUAAAGAAUUGCUAGACGGACUUAAAUUUUUAAAUGUUUCAAUUGAUCAGUUUGCCCGUUUACGAGUUGGAGAACCCUCACAUUCUCUUAUAAAAGAGUGUAGGAAAGCUAUUGCGAACGAUAAUUUAGAAGCUCUUCCAAAACUAUUUGAAUUCGGUGUUUAA